AUGUUGGCGUUGUUACCUCCGGAAGUUCUUGAACAUAUUUGCGAAAAGCUAAACGGUUGUGAUCUCAAACGCCUCUCACUAACAUCAAGAUGGCUCCACAAAGCUACCUUCCGCCAACUCUGGCGCUCCAUCACGAUCUUUCCUCGUUCCUCACGUGAACGUCACUGCAUCACACCUUCAGGUCCUCCCCAGCAAUGUCUACAGCCAACAAAAGAACUUCGUUUUGGCGUCGGCGUUGAAGCAGACCCAAUGCACUGCGUUCAUGCGUAUGACUGUCUGGGAUACAUGGGAAACUGGCUUGAGAAAGAUCCUCGACUGCAUGAUACCUGGGAAGGAAGAAGUGAUAGCUUUGGGUACGAGCGUGGUAGACUUGUUCGUGUUAAGUAUGAGUGUCUUGCACAAAGGACUAUGGCGAUGCUGAGGCGUUUUGAAGAUGGACAACUGGAGACGUUUGUCUGGAACUACACCUCUUGCAUUCCAUCAGAGGUGCUCGAAUACUUGAGUCUCAAGCAUCCCUCCAUUCAAGGUCUCAGCUUUACAACGGAUCCCUUCUGCAGCAGAUUCAAUCGCUGGAGCAGAACAACAGACUUAAACCUCUCUGGGUUCCACAAUAUUCGACGAUUUAGCUGGAAGGCCCCAAUGGGAUGUCACUUUGGCAACAUCGCCAACUUGGUCCAGAAGAAUGCUGACCACUUGGAAGAACUGGAGAUCGACUUGCAAUCUUGGUCUCGGCAGUGGGAGGACAGAGAAUCAAGAGUUGUUAGGCACAAAGCUGAUUCGGAAGAGUGGGAUAAAGUACCCGCAAGUAAUAUGCUUGCGCGAGACAUGUUUGGUCUCAGUUCUGAUGCAUCUGCAAACACUUGUUUUCCCAGGAUGCGGAGCUUGAAACUCACAAGAGUACCCUUGAGAGAUGAGACCACUAACAAGACAGUUACUGCAGCAUUCAUCAAUCUCGCGGGACUCACCUCACUCACACUUAGAAUGUGUUCAUACUGGACAUUGCUCCUCGAGGACAUGAUACAGUCUACGACACCAAUUGCAGUCGAGUCACUCGAGAUUCUCGACUUUUACCUCCAGACGCCAAACGUGACUGCUGUCAAAAAGGUGAUCGCCAUUACAAACUUUCUCGACUCUUUCGAUGGACUUGAAGAACUGUUCAUUAGCCAUUGUGGCCCAACGCCGGUUCUCGACUUCUGGCAACACGUAUCAAGACACUCCUCAACGCUAAAAGCGUUUGUACAUCAUCAGAGGAUCACGGAUCAGGAUGAUGAGCCUUUAAUUUCCCGUAAAGGAAGAGAUUUGUCUGAUCCUGCUAUAUCUCAACAUGAUCUUGACCGCAUUCAACAUGACCCGACCCAGAAUCCUCUUUCGAGAUUGAAUCUCGAGUUCAUUGGCUUGACGUGUGCGCCCGAGUAUCUGAGAGCUAUUCUCCUUCCCUUUGUGUCGAAGCGGUCCCUCAAAGUGCUUCAUAUUCGUAACACGGGAGUAAAUGCAGGUACAACUCCGUCAUGUGUUUUUGACAAAAGCUUGGAAUUGAGAAUCACCGAAGCCGGACAAAAUGGUGAACCCAUUAGCGAUGCAGUCAAAGACAAUGACGUGGACACUAAGACGCAAGAGGAGAUCAGCAUUGGUCUUAGAGAAAGAACGGAGUGGAAAACACCGCCGCUACAGCAGCCUUUCCGAGUCUUCGCAGAUUGGGUCUUUAGUCCCGAAGGGAUCAAGUCUCUGGAGUACAUCGUUGCUGGUGAUUUUUCACAUGGAGAUAGGUACUCUGAGAGUAAUGCACUGAUAUUUAGAUCUACUGAAGGAGGGAGGAGAUAUCGUGUCGUUAGUCAGAAGACCGGUGGAGGGGAAUGGAUUAAUGUGAAGAGCAGAUUUGGAAGAGCUCUGGAAGCUUGUCCAGUGGAGAAUAUUGUUCCCGAGUAUAACUAG